CCCAAAAACAGAGAGAGAGAGAGAGAUGGCAAGCAACAACCCACCGGCCACCACCCCCAUUCCUCUCCUCACUCCAUACAAAAUGGGAAAGUUCAACCUCUCCCACAGGAUAGUUUUGGCACCAUUGACGAGGAGCAGGUCAUACAACACGAUCCCUCAGCCGCACGCUGCCGUGUACUACAGCCAGCGGGCGACGGAGGGGGGUUUGCUGAUAUCGGAGGCGACCGUGAUCUCCAACACCGGACAAGGGUACCCUGAAACCCCUGGGAUAUGGACGCCGCAGCAUGUCGAAGCCUGGAAGCCCAUCGUCGAUGCCGUCCAUGCCAAGGGUGCCUUCUUCUUCUGCCAAAUCUGGCACGUUGGACGUGUCUCCACUUAUCGUUUCCAGCCAAAUGGGGAAGCCCCAAUCUCAUGUGGCACUAAGGGAGUCACGCCCGGCAUCAAAGGAGUAGACUGGUCGCCGCCUCGUCCGCUGAGGACCGACGAAAUCCCCAAUAUCGUUCGUGAUUUCCGGCUCGCCGCCCGAAACGCCAUCGAAGCUGGCUUCGACGGCGUCGAAAUCCACGGCGCCAACGGCUACCUCCUGGAACAGUUCAUGAAAGACCAAGUGAACACCGAGCGAGAGGACCAGUACGGCCGCAGCCUGGAGAACCGUUGCCGAUUCCCGCUGGAAGUGGUGGCGGGAGUGGUCGACGAGAUCGGCGGCGACCGGGUGGGGAUGAGGCUGUCCCCUUACGCUGAUUACCUGGAGACCAAGGACUCCGACCCGGACCGGCUCGGCGUCUACAUGGCGAACGAGCUGAACCGGUUCGGCAUCGCGUACCUUCACGUGAUUGAGCCUAGAAUGGUGAGGAUCGGGGAGAGGAUGGAGACGCCUCACAGCCUUCUCCCGAUGAGAAAGGCCUUCAAGGGGACUUUCAUUGCCGCCGGCGGGUACAACCGGGAGGACGGAAACAGAGCCAUCGCCGACGGCUACGUCGAUUUGGUGGCGUUUGGGCGCUUGUUUUUGGCUAACCCGGAUUUGCCUAGGCGGUUCGAGCUCGAUGCUCCUCUUAACAAGUAUGAUAGGAAGACAUUUUAUACCCCUUAUCCGGUUGCGGGUUACACAGACUAUCCUUUUCUUGAUCUACAUGCCUAAUAUUGCAGGAUAAGUUGUAAUAGUGGUUCUUAGAUUAUGGAGCGAGUUUACCCCUUAUCCGGUUGUGGGUUACAUGGACUACCCUUUUCUUGAUCUAUCCGCUUAAUAAAUUGCAAUAGUGGUUCUUAGAUUAUGGAGUGAGUUUAUUUUUAUGUUUAAAUUUCAAUGUGUUUCGCCAAUAAUUCCAAACUAAUAGAGUUGUUGUAGUGAAGUUUUAUUGUUAAUUUGUGCAAUGAAUUUGGAAGGAAUUGUGGUGGUGUGUUAGGGUAAA